AUGGACCAAGGCAAAAAGAUCGUCCUCGUGACUGGAGCCACAGGCUACAUUGGCAAUUGGGUCAUUGUUAAAUUACUGAAGAAGGCCAUCUAUGAAGUCAGAGCAUUCGUCAGAGAAAAAGAAGAUGACCAGACUUUAGAUGCGUUCAUGGAAGCCCUCGACCAGAAGUGACCUGGAUAUACUGAUUUUAGCAUUGUGAAAGGCGAUAUUCUGGAUUAUGAGUCUGUCAAGAAAGCUGUUGAAGAUGUAACAUAUGUCAUUCAUCUUGCUUGUCCAUCUUCUCUAUCUAAACAAGAUGGAAUGGAGGAAUAUAUUAAUGAAUGUGUUGUUGAUGGAAACUUAAAUAUUCUUCAAGCAUGAGCAGAAUCUUACGUAAAGAGAGUAGUUAUUACAUCAUCAAGUGAUACAAUGAUAGAUUUUAACAAAGGCGAAGGUAAAUUCUACCACGAUACCUUAGCACAAGAUCAUCCCUUGCUUACACCAAUCGGUAGGAGCAAAAUAAAGGGUGAAAAAGCAGCAAUUUAUUUUACAAAAACUCUGGAAGAUGAGCAAAUAAGGCCUUUUGAGCUAAUAAUUCUAAAUCCUUCUUUAGUCAUCGGUGCCCCUCUUCUUCCUGAGAUUAAAGGACUAGGAGUAUUCAUCUUGAAAUAAUGUAAUGGAGCCAGGAGUCCCAAGGAUGCAUGGACAAAUUCUAAAUUUAGUCCAUGUAAAGGACGUUGCUCAAGCUCAUUUGAAUGCCCUUGAGAGAGGUGAUAAUUUCGAGAGAUAUCCUCUCUGAGCAGGAUCCAUUAAGAUGAAGAAAGUGAUAGCAUUGAUUAAAUAAGGAAUUUGAGUCAAGCAAACUUGGAAUACCAACAAGAGGAUACAGCAAAUGGAGAUUGUGGUUUCUGAGCAUAUUUGAUAAGAAUUAUGAGAGAUUGUACGAAAGAUGGAAUAUAACAUCAGAGCUAGAUGGUGAAGAAGCUAAGAAAACAUUACAUAUUAAGAAAUACAAGAAUAUACAGGAUAGUAUUAUAGAGACAUGUCAAUUCUUGAUCAAGAACAAUCUUGUUAAGAGGCCUUUUGUCUUACCUCUUCUUAAGCAAAACCAAUAA